UUGUGGUUGCAGUCAUAUAAUGUUUCAUUGCUGCUCGAAUUAACCAGUGGAAUGCUGUCUGAGAUGGAGACAGACAGGAGUUUUGGCAUGAGAAACUUCAGAUACAUUGACACAAUUAAGGAAGCUGUAGAAAGGGAAUCCCAUGAUUUUGUUUCCUGUACUGAUGUUAUCGUCUUGUCUGGUAGAGAUGGCAUUGUUGCUGAGGGCCUCACAUCCCACUCAAAACUGGAAGGAGGCAUGGCAGGAGGAGCAGAGCAGAUAUUCUUGAGCAACACCUUCCAAGCCACAAUGGAAGUUUAGUGUUGUGCUUGAGAGGUUU